AUGGCUUCGUAUGAGACUCCACGUGUUGACGUGAAUGCUAAUGGUUGGGGUCCCACGGCACUCCCUGAACAGUUUCUAAAUGUCCCGUAUGCACCGUUUAAUAAGGGCGACAAAUUAGGAAAAGCCGCGGAUUUUGUAUCCAAUUACGCACCACGUGGUAGUCGCUAUGCACGGGAUCCCUCGGGUGUAAACGUCGAGUUUCAAUACAAACACGACUCGAAGGAGGACGCUACUUUCCAACUAGUGGACACCUCCAAGGGCACGCGUCCUAAAACAGAGGACCGACUGCGUCCUACAUGGAAUCAACAACGUUUCGGUGGUCGUGGUGGACGUGGUGGAGGUGGUCGUGGUGGUCGUGGUAGCUAUAACGACAAACCCGAUGCAAACGCAGCCACGACAUCAUCGGCACAGCUUCGUAUGAAGGGUAUGCAGAAGCAGAACAAGCGCUGGGAUCGAUUGAGCAACGCACGACGUCAAUUUACGUUUCGUCGUCGGGAUGAGCCGCAGGUGGACCGCACAGCGUCCGUCUUGGUGCAAGCCAGUUGGACUCUUAUUGACCAGUUCGAGAUGCAGCAGCUUACGAAACUUCAAGCUAAUAUUCCAAAGAGUGAGGACCUAAAGUGGUGUGGCGAGCUGCGUGAGUAUGACGCCUCCUUUGACCGUCUCACGAGUCGCUCCAACACGCGAGUGCACCGCUACGACGACCGUGACUUUUACUACGUCACAACGACGGACGAUCCUGUUAUUGAAGAACUUGCACAGCAGGGAGAAGCCACGGUGUUUGCCACGGAUGCGAUCUUGUCGCACCUUAUGACAGCGACACGCUCUGUCUUUCCGUGGGACGUUGUGGCCCAACGUGUGAACAAUAUGGUGUUUUUUGACAAACGUGACGAGUCCAGCUUUGAUUUGCUCUCAGUCAAUGAAAACGCAUCGGAUCCGCCAAACCAAGAAGAUCCCGAGCACAUGAACCACCCGGACCGUCUCAGUCUUGAAGCUACUAUGAUUAACCAGAAUCUGUCACAACAGGUACUCAAAAUCGGCAAUGGAGCUUUCUACAAGAAGCUUGAUGCUGCUAACCCAUUCGCAAGCGGUGAUGCCAAGCCUGCCAGCGGUGCUUACCGUUACAGGAAGUUUGAUUUGGGUGGUGGUAUGAAAUUGGUUUGCCGUUGCGAGGUGCAAGCCGUGGCUCUGAAGAAGGGCAAGAAAGAGUACGUGUCCACGUACGCACUGAAUGAGUACGACCCCAAGUUUCCAGGCUCUAUUGAGUGGCGCAAGAAAAUUGAUUCUCAGCGUGGUGCCAUCCUAGCGAAUGAGCUCAAGAACAACUCGUGCAAAUUGGCCAAAUGGACGGCACAGGCGCUGCUGGCUGGUCUGGACGAAAUGAAGCUGGGCUACGUGUCUCGCUUUAAUUUUAAAGACCCGUACUCGCACGUCGUGCUGGGCAUGCAGUCUUACAAUCCAAACACGUUUGCAACGCAGAUUGCACUCAACCAGAACAACACGUGGGGUAUCAUCAAGAUGUUGUCGGAAUUGUUACUGGAGCAGCCUGAGGGCAAGUACGUUGUUAUGAAGGACCCGAAUAAACCCAUUAUCCGACUGUUUUCUGUCCCUCUCGACACGUUCGAGGAAGAGGACGAGAACGAUGACGACGAGGACGAUGAAUAA